UUCUUUAUUUUAUAUACAACUCAUCUACAUAUCAUGUUAAUUACAGUUUUGAGUUUACAAACGUAAGGAUAUUAGACAUACCAGACACGUAUAAACAUCGAUCAAUACUAUAGUAUUAAUACUAUAGUAUUGAUCUACCCUAAAUGUCAUGCGUGAUAUAAACGUGUGGUGUUAAGUGCAAAUACUGUUUUGUCCUCAAUGUUUACACUUUAAUGUGGAAACAUUUAAUGAAUGUGGAAACAUGAACGUGUCCAGUUGUGUGUAUUUGACCGUCAUGUCUGAUCCAGAUGAAAGCAGCGGUGUGUGGUGCAGCUUUAGCCCGCGGACAGGCGUCAGUCAGCGGCUCUGUGUGUCUCUAGCUCCGCUGCCGGAUCCGUGUCGGAACCAUGAAGCCGCCAUUCCGCCUCUUACCGUUUAUACCGAACGGAGAGGCGGAAUAACGGCGCAACAUUCCCGCCUCGACGGGCUGUGUAAAAGGGUCUUUUCUCUGAGCGCUUCUUCUUCCGGCUCAGAAAUGUGACGUAAAGGGCACAAACACACAAGGGAAGUCUUUGUAGUAAGUUGAGCCGCUUCAGCUGCAGCGUUUUCACCAGAGAAGAAGAAGAAGAUGCACAACUGGCAGGAGAAUGAGAUCAAAGAACUUCUGAACAUCCGGGGGUCGGAGGCCAUCCGAAACCAGAUCACGGGCACGGUGAAGGACUCGGUGGUCUACAACAGGAUGACCAAACUGCUGGCGGAGCGGGGGGUGUACAGGUCCCACAUGCAGGUGAUCAGCAAGCUGAAGGCGCUCAGGAAGCAGUACAUCAAGUACCACCAGCAGAAGACCCGCUGCGGGACCGACCGCGUCGACUGGCCGUUCUACGAGCAGUGCCACCGGGUGUUCGGGAACGGCCCCGCGGUGAACCCGGUCAAACGGCAGAGGAGUCCCACACCUCCACCUGCAUCCUCACCCCCCCCGCCACUGCCUCCCUCUCCUCCGCCUCCACCGCCGCCCUCAGCCCUCAGCGACGACCACCAGGAGGUCGUCGUCGGCCUCUGGGACGAAGUGGACAAACAUCUGGGUCCAGUGGAGCCGGACGACGAAGAGGACCAGUACAGCCCUUCAGAGCCGCUGCACACCAGCAACACCACGUUCAAGGUCCCAUCCAAGAAGAAGAAAACGACAGUGAUGGAGCAGGUCUCGGCUUUAGUGUCGGCGACAGUCGCCCAGCUCAGAGAGAUGGACGCCGCCAUGCAGGCGCAGGAGGACGCCCGGCUGCAGAGGCUAAUGGACCAUGAGAGGGAAAUGCAGAACAGUCUAGUGAGUCAGCUGGUAGCCAUGCAUGAACGCAUCAGCCGAGAGAACCACGAGAGACACCUGGAACUGGUGGACACGAUACUCUCCAGGUUCCCCUCGCCUUCAGGCCGCUGACCGGCUCUUCCUGUGAGGGCGGCGGCGGCAGCGUACGACAGGGUUAUUCACUCUGACUCUCCGACAACUGACCAGUGCCUGAGCCACAUUACUUUUAUUUUCACUGUAUGUAGAAAUAAUUCACUGAGAUCACCUUUAACCUUUAACCUCAAACAGAUCUGAAACAGAUUCAGGUUCAAACCAGGUCCCGCUCUCACUCCAGGCCCUGACGCUCUGACUCACUGCUCCUCUCUUUAUCUGACCACUUAACCGUAGACACACCGUACUGUACAACAUUACACUGUACCACACCGUACUGUACCGCACCACACCACAUUACACUGUACUGUACCACACCAC